ACGGCGCAGCGCAGCAAAGAUGGCGCUGUCCUGUUCCAGGCUGUGUAGCCGGUUGUCUUUGAUACGACUUGGUGGACUUGGCACAAAUAAGAUAACAAAUGGCUUCUAUUCCGCUAACAUUUCUAGUCAGUCCAGGCUCGUCCCGUAUAGACACUAUACAUCCUCCAAAGUUAGAAGAGGUAUUGGACGAUAUGUGAGCUCCAGGCUGCAAUGGGCAAAUGCUAAAUAUGAGGGUUUCCUCAAGAGGCGGUUCCCACGAUUUUUCCAGCUUUAUCACACUUUCGUGGAAGUCUGUUUAGGAUUCAAGUUGCUGUUCCAAGAUGUCAAAGAUGUGAGGAGGAUAAAAGUUAAAAUGCUGUCUGAUGGGAUGAAGUUCCAGGAUUUGCCCUACAGAGAGAUGGAGAAGCUCAGACGGUUUCGCAGAGACUUAAUCAAGGCCUUCCCACUGGUGAUGAUAUCCAUCCCUCCCUUUGCCAACUACCUGGUUUUUGUUUUGAUGUACUUCUUCCCUCGUCAGCUCCUGGUCCCUCAUUUCUGGACUCCCAGCCAGCAAGUGGAGUUUCGAGGGCUGUACCACAGCCACCGGGCCCGGUACCACUGGCCACUGCUCAAAGGACUGGAGCACGCAGCAGACCACCAGGCCAAGAAUGGUCACCUGCAGGGACGCCUCAAGGACCUGUGCACUAAAGUGCAGAGUGGAGCGAACCCUAAAGCGUCUGAAAUCCUUGCCGUUCGCAGCCUGUUUUCUGGACCUCCGCUGGGUAUGAGGAGGAUGCAAGUUGAUCACAUGCGACACAUCAGCCGUCUGCUCUUCCUGACCCCUCAUCUCCCGGGUUUCCUGAUUGGCCGACGUCUAAACAGCCACGCCUUGGAGCUGCUCCAGCUGGACCGGGCCCUCAGCAGACUGGGUCCUCACCAGCUCACUGACCCGGAACUGAGACAGGCUUGUUUCGUAAGGGGGAUCAAUUCUGACAGUCUUGGUGUUAAUCAGUGUCGGGAGUGGCUGUCUCAGUGGCUGCAGGUGUCCUCCUCAUUGAAAGAGUCAGAGGUGUCGCUGCUUUUGCACUGCCUCGUACUUCUCUCCGCAAACUACCCAAAUCCCCCCAGCCGCCACCGUCAGGAAGCCUGAGUCAAACGUUUGCUUUGAAGAUGACCGCCGCACAGCACAACUUCCGAAGAGCUGUCAACGUCUCCGUGGUGGAGAGGAAAAAGCUAUUCAAUAUGUUUUUUUGGGUUUAGGAAAAAAAUAGUAAUCUGAAAGGACAAAUACAGCAAUCAGCCAGCCUAUGCAGAUGUAGUCUGAAAAUAAUUUAAUUAGGAAUAAUUAGACUGCUCCAAAGUGUCUUUAUUACAGAGAUUAUUACUUCUUGUGCACUUGUGUUUCUCAGGAGAGUUUUAACUGUGACGCACCUAAACGUUAAGCAUCAAAUGCUUGCUAGUUGCUGUAUAUGAAGCUUUGUUAGCACCUUAUGAUUUCUGUCACUUUCCUGGAAGCCAACACAUCAUCACGCAGCAACAAAGACGGAAACAGAUUUUCUGGCUUGAUAAAGUUGUGCAGGAAAUUUGUGGAAUAGUUCAUUUGUAUUCCAAAAAAGAAACACGUUUUAUGUGGGCAUUUAAAAUGUUUUUGGAACGUGUACCGUAUUUUCUCAUGCUGACGCUACACUUUUGUAAUCGGCUUUUACUUUUUUUUUUUACUUGUGAAUAUUGCUGGUCAUAUCAAAAUUGUAUAUACACAAAGAAGAAGUGGGUGGUUAUGGAACAGCAGUAGGUCACGUGAUGGCACCAUUUUAAAGUCACACAUGGAGGUUUAGAGAAAUAAAAAUGGGUCGUUUGGUUACUGACCACAACUUCCUACUAUCUGCUGAUGUGUUCAGAAACUUUCCCCUCAUUCAGCUGCAACUUUUCUGCUGACAGUUGGUCAGGCACUUUGUUUACCUGCUCGCUUUAUUGCUUUUGGAGACUUAAAAUGGCAAAUAUAUUGGUGGGGCUAUUGAGGCACGAAAUGUCUAAAAUGCCUUUCAUCUACUUUGGAGUCGCACUGCAGACAGGAACCGCUCAUCUCAGCUGGUGUUAAAGUGUAAAAUCAGGCGUGUCAUUUGCUUCCUGUGCCUUUUGCAUGCAGUGGCACAAUGCAGCCGAGCUAUGAGUUGCAGAAGUUAUCUCCGCUACAGGACAUUUUGUAAUCUCUUAUUUGUUCAAGAAUGUUGUGUUCCUGUGCCAAUGUGAUGUGCAGCGUUGUGGAACUGUGUCUAAAAUAAAUACCCUCGUGCUUCCCGGUGUUUUCCCGGUGCUUUCUUUAAAAAAAGACAACAAACCGGUGUCAUUUAAA